CUCAUUCCCUGGUUCCCACUCACCCUUUGCUCUCGCGGUCUUGUCGUUCUCGCACGCGGUUUGCUAUCUGUCUUUAUAGGCGCUCUCGUUCUGCGGUUUCUCCUGGUGGUCGAGUGAGAGCGUUGUCCUCACGAAGCUCGGCCAUCGUCGGUGUCUUUCCGUCACACUCAGCAUAGUCUCUUCCGCAUACAUCAUUUCUUGCUUGCUAAGAUAGGUUCUAUGGCAUAUUACUUGUACUUCUAUUACACGCAAGGACGUUGCAAGAGAGCUGUUAGUCAUGUGUCAGGAGAGUUGGUGUGAGCGGAGCCUCAGGAAGCCAACUCUCAAAUUCUGUCGUCUAGGAUGUCCCAACCGACCUGUUUGGGUACACUGGAAGAUCUGGCUUUUCUGCUGCGUGCUUCACUUGAACCGCGCACAGUUACCGCAUUGUAAGCUUGUCCGUUCUCACCAGAGAAAUACCACUUCUGUUUGUUGGUGGGUGGUUUCUCUUCCCACAUCAGAGUUAUUUAUCCUAUGCAUCGAGUAAAUGAUGUUUUCUCUUGUGACGAAAUUUUGUUUACUGACACUGAAGGAACUGGGACGGGAAGGACUUUCAAGCCACGUCUUCAUCGUUGCGGGCUCAACUUUGGAUUAUAUAAUCAAAUGGACCGUGGUCUCAGACCCAGCCUGGUCCAUGGACCGCUAAACCUAGCGACUUGUUUUGGUCAUUGUGACAGUAGCAUUCUCCCACCACAACUACCCGCUUCCUUCGGCUUGGAUACCUCCCCUCACUCUUAUUAUCCCUCACCCAACUCGUCGCCUUUUCCACCUCUGUAAUUGCAACCACAAUGGAUAUGGACAUGGGCUCCUCAAGCAACUCAACAGAAUUGAUGAUGACGAUGACCCCGUACCUCCAUUUCACCGGCGGCGAUUUCCUCUUCUUCAAAUCCAUAACUCCUAGCUCGAACGGCGCAAUCGCUGGUGCCGCUAUCUUUCUCUUUUUCCUCGCUAUUUUUGAGAGGGUCGUCGUUGCGAUGCGUGCCGUCAUGGAAAACCGUUGGAAACAAAGAGCGAAGGCCCUAGUAGAGCAUCACGUACUCUUGACAGAGAAAUGUCAUGAUGCUGGCCUGAGCCAGCCGUCCUUGCCUUCAGUGACGAAGAAGCGGGUCAUCCCGCCGUUUGUCCUCUCGCAAGACGUCAGCCGAGGCGCUAUGCACGCGUUGCAGUCCUUCAUACACUUCGCGAUCAUGUUGGCCGUCAUGACUUUCCAGGCUGCGUAUAUCAUUGCGAUCAUCAUAGGACUGGGGGUCGGGGAAGUGUUGUUUGGACGUCUUUCUGCUCAGCUUAGCCUUCAUAGUCACUAGCUGUUAGAUGCUGCUCAUAACUACUUGCUAUGCGUUCACGGAUUUCUAGUGUCCCUUCUAUCUUCAACAGUGUCUUUAUGUAAAUGACAAAUGUUAUGUUGCCAGGAGCUUUCCACUUCCAC